AUGUCAUCUCCAAGUUCUUCCAGGGAUGAGGCUUCCGGACUUGUCAACACCCUCCAGAGCCACGUUGAUGACAUUCGCACUUUGAUACAGUGUGGAAUUUGCAUUCGGCCCCUCUACGAACCGUAUACUAUGGCUUGCGGGCACACAUUCUGCUAUUCUUGUCUGUCGUCAUGGUUUGCCGGAGGAAGAUCAAAGCGGACCUGCCCAGACUGCCGCGCGCCUGUUAAGGUACAACCGACACCAGCCUAUCUGGUUCGCGCAGUUGUACAAAUAUUCACAGGUCGAGCAGAACUGCUGGACAAAGGCGAAACGACCACCGAGCACAAGAAGCAUCAAAUAGAGGAAGCGGAAAGACUGGAGAGAGACAGGACGAACAAUCAUCCAACGGAAGGAGGUCUGUUCGGUGGACUGUUCAAGCCCAAACCUCCUCCACUCCAACCGGUGAUUGAUAUCGAUGAUGGUGUGGCUCGAUGUCCGCAUUGCACAUGGGAGCUCGAAGAUGGAGUAAACUGUGCAGGGUGUGGUUAUCGAUAUCGGCCGCAUUCCGAAGGAACAGAUGAUUCAGCCGACUACAGCGAUUCCGACCUGGACUCACUUGAUGGUAUGGAGGGCACGCCUGUCGAAGACAUUCUGGAGGGUAGUUAUAGAGAAGAUGGCUAUGGAGAAGAUGAUUAUGGAGAAGAUGGCUAUGACGAAGAUGACUAUGACGAAGAUGACAGCCAUGGUUAUGCUGGGCGAUAUAUUGAUCCAGGCCUGGAUAUUUACGGCGAGCGGAAUAUUUUCAGCGAGCUCGGAAGAUUGCUCGGUGGAUCCAAUAACCUGAACCUUUCCCUCGUUCCAGGCGGCUUUCCCCCUUCGGGUAACACCAAUGGGAGUGAAUAUGACGAAGAAGACGAAGAGGAAAACGAAUAUGACGAGUCAGACUCAUUCAUUGAUGCUGAAGAUGAUCAUGUACCCACAAGUUCUUUCGUCCACACUGAAGGCCAUUAUAUCGGAAGCGCCUCGGAAUCAGAACGUGACACCGGGACUGUCGUGGAUGACGAUCACAGUGAUGUUCCUCCCAGGCCCAUUGGUCUCGACUAUAGAACCAAUUCAGGGUACUUUCUCGACGAGGCAUCUGACAACGGGGGAUCCGACGACGAGCAGGAAGACGAAGAUGUGUCAGGUGAAACAAGCGACGGGGAAGAGGACGAGGAGGCUUCAGAUGAACAGGAAGACACAAUUCAAACUGCACCGCCUCGUCGAGCCUUUCCCCAACAUUCACAGCGGCCUCCUUGGUUGCAAGCGCCCAGCGAAGCUACCUGGCUUUCAGCGAGGCCUUCUACACUGAUACCGGACUCUGAUGACCUCGUCGAGCCAUCUGAAGCAUCGGCGUCUUCGCCGCCUAUCAGAACUGGCAGAAUCAUUGGGCGCCGGCCCACGCAGCACGGCAACAAUCCUCGCAAUGCGAUAACUCUCGAUGAUUCCGACGAAGAUCAGCCAGUCGGACCGAUGCGAAGAGCCACGCAAAGGCGGCGUGCCAGAUUCUCACCAUAUUAA